CCGGUUCCGUUCGCGAGGCUUGAGACCCAGAGAGCAGGGAAGCCCCACAGGCCUUCACAGAGCCUAUUUUCCCAGUUUUCCAGGGCUGGGAUUCGAACUAACGUAAGCAUUCUAGUGCUUACCACUGAACUUAUAUCCCCAGUCCUGUUUUGCUUUGUUUUUAAAGUGAAAUGAGAAGUCACCGAAAUUCAAUCAAAGAAGAAAAGCUUUGAUGACCAGACUAACACUAGAGACAGGACUGCUAACAAGGUCCUGGUGGUGAUAGGGGCAAAGAGGGAGCUGCCCGUGUGUUGAUGGGAGUCGAAGGCUACAGAAGCAAAGGCUGACAAAGCAUUAGGGAAGAAGACAGCUAGAAGCCAGGAGGGGGAUGGACUGGAAGAAACAAUUUUUCAAAAGUUCCGCUGAGAAGCUAAGGAAAUUGAGCUUUGCAAAUGCGUUGCAGCUAGGCAGCCGGAGGUCCAAGGUUGUGCCUGCUGAUACUCCUUUGUGGCUUCAUCCUUAGUCUACCUGUCAUUUAGUAGUAACAAGUGAUAAAGAAAUACAUAUAUCAUUAUUAACUAUAUUAAUGUUAAUAUUCAAUCAUAAACAUACAUGUUUACCCAGUAUGCUUGCCAUGGUUUUCUACCAAAUGCAUACUUCACCAUGGAUGUAAAGUUAGAAAUGUUAGGUCAGGGGUGCAUUCAAGUCGUUCAUAGACCAGAUCAAAUCACUCACUCUAAUCCCUGUGCCUGCCAGAUCGCUAAGGAAGAACUGGGGAGGAACACUGAGGGAUAAAAAGACAGGACGCUGCACGUGGGGACCCAGCGGAGCGUUCUGAGCUUCCAUCCGAGGCAGCUGCAUCAUUUGAACUGGUCGUCAUCAUGAGGGCCGUCUCCUUCCCCUUUUCUAAGUUAGUGCGUUCGCUGUUGUAAAUGAUAACUGACGAGAGUCAAUCAUGAAAUCUCUUUCUGUAGAACGUCAGCACGGGAAUGGCCAUAGCUGGGAUCGUGUUACUAAUGAGAAGUGUCCGACUGCCUCUUCAGAUAUUCCAGUUGAGUUUAUAAGAAAGAAAGUGAAGCUCCGCGGCCGAUUACACCGGAUAACCGAGUGUGGUCUAGAAAUUGAACAUAUUCCUAUUACUUUACCUUUUAUAUCUUCGUGGAAAAAAGAGCCAUGUGGGUUUUUGCUGGUUAAGCUGGCUGGAGUAGAACUCACUGAAGCCGGUAAGGUCUGGUUACAGAAAGAGCUAAAACCUUCCCAGCUGCUGUGGUUCCAGCUUCUUGGAAAGGAGAAUUCAGCACUCGUUUGCUACCUUCUAGUGAACAAGGGUGGAUACUUUAACGUGAAUCUGAAUGAGGAAAUUUUGAGAAGAGGCUUGGGCAAAACUGUUCUUGUUAAAGGGCUAAAUUAUGACUCAAAAACCCACUGGAAAGUCCACAGAAACUUACUUAAGGCUGAACUGACAGCUGUAAAGAAAGGAGAAGGAAUAUGGAAGGAAGAGUCUGAAAAAGAAAGCUAUUUGGGAAAAUUCAAAGAUUCCUGGAGAGAAAUAUGGAAAAAUGACAAUUGUUUAAAAACAAGCAGACCAGAUUUCCACUUGACAAAAGACAGUUAUUAUGACAGGUUUCGAAGGGCUUAUGGAAGCUGGAAGGACCAUGUGGGCAACUUCUCUUUAGUUUUGAAACUCAGAGAACUUGUGAGCCGCUUGCACUUUAGGAGAAAAAGAUGAAGCAUCCUUAAGGCCUAGAGGUGACCUAGGUGCAUGACUAUAUGACCACUUUUCUUUGAGUCAAAUGGAAAUUUCUUCGGGUGACCAAAAUUCUAGUCAAGUGGUCCUUAAAGAUUCAAAACACUGUUAAAACCAAAAUCAAUUUGAAGGAAUUAUGAUCAAUGCAAUAUACUUUCAGGAAAAAAAUGACACACUAUACAGUUACCUGGUAGAAGGCUGUAUCCAUGCAGAACUAGUGUUUUGCCUGUUUCUUCUCCUGCCCUGCCCCUAGUGCUGUGGAUUGAACGCAGGGCCUCAUGCACUCUGGAUUCACUAGCAUACCAUGACUGAGUCUCAUUGCCAGCGCCAUAUUGCUAAUGUCUCAAGAGAAAGUUCAAGUAUUGACUGUUAAAUUAGUUAUUUGGCACAGCUAGAUUUAAUAUUUGUUUUUCAAUGUCAUCAACUUUAUAAUAAAGGAAGUUUUGGAAUGUUUUCUUUCUAAGCCACUUUUUCUCCCAGUGUCUUUCUAGC